UCACAGUUCUCACUGUAUUCUUACUUUACUAUUGUGCUUUUAGAAGUUUUAGAUUAUUUUAAGAUAAGGGUUCAUUGGUUUUUAAUCAGUUAUAGAUCAAUAUUUAUUGUUGAACUUGUCAUUGAUAGACAUAGUUAUGAUUCAUUGGCCUCCGUUAGACCUACCGGUAGUUGAAUACAGAUUAUCAUUUGUGUUGAAAAUCUCUUGUUAAUUGUUUUUUCUUGAUGUUAUUGUGGAGUGUUGUGAUUAGUGCAGUGUUUUGAUCCAAAAAAUGUUUUAUUUGAAUUGAAUUUAAUUCUAGUAAUUUACGUAUUCAAGUGAUAGAUAUUUUGUUUUAUGUUUGCUGAGAGUGAUACCUAUAUAAUCUAUAGGCUUGUGCGUGGGUAUAUUGGCAGGAUGUUGGCUCUCCUUUUGCCACUACUUUCGGCGGUCCUCGUCGAGGCGCAGUUCCCUGGAGGUCGCUUCCUGGAGCCUCCAGUUCCAGCAUUAUGCGCGCAAAGGAAAGUGCAUGACAAGUUCAACGGGCACGGCUACUACUUCUCAUGGAAGGACCCCGCCACGGCCAAGAUGGAGGAGGACUGGCUGGGAGGCCGCAACUGGUGCAGAGCGCGCUGCAUGGACCUCGUCAGUCUGCAGACGGCCGCCGAAAACAACUACAUCAAGAACCUCCUCGUCCAAGACAAAGUAAGGUACAUCUGGACAUCGGGCCGUAUGUGUGACUUCAAGGGCUGUGACCGCGCCGACCUUCAGCCCAAGGCCAUCAACGGCUGGUUCUGGACUGCUGAGCUGCAGAAGCUCCCCCCCACCACCGACCGAUCCCAGAACGACUGGAGCGAGACCGGAGGUAUCGGCCGACCCCAGCCCGACAACCGUGAAGAACUGCAGAAUGGCGCCCCCGAAAACUGCCUGGCCGUCCUCAACAACUUCUACAACGAUGGCGUGCAUUGGCACGAUGUCGCCUGCCACCACAGAAAGCCCUUCGUCUGCGAGGAGUCCGAAUCCCUCAUCAAAUACGUCCAGUACACCAACCCUAACCUCAAGAUUUGAUCCAUUUCACAAGGUUCUUAAUGCCGCCUAAUGUUUCCAAUUUUUUCAACUUCCUGUUCCGAUUUCCUACCCAUGAGCUUCCAUUUCAUAGUAAUACUUAAUGGUGGCAUACAUUAUUUGUAAAAGGAUUUGAUUAUAUUGGGAUAGAAUCAAUGUUGUUUCAUUGUUAUCAUAGAGUAUAUAGGUAGUCAAUCGAUAUUCAAUGUUCUAAUUUUGUUAUCAAUGUAUCGUAAUUGAAUAGCAUCUGUAUUGUACGAUUGUAUAUAAUUUAUUUUUAAUGUUGUUGUAAUAUCAUAAAACGUAUUUAUGUAAUUC